AUGAAAAAUCUGUUAGACGGCGGAAGGAAGUCGACAACGAUUUUUGCCGUCGUUUUCUCGCACUUGCUGGUUCAAGCUGCCUCCGAAAUCGACACGCCGCCGUACAUCUUCUUCCCGUCCGCCGGCGCUUUCAAUUUCUUACAGUAUAUGUCAGGCAAUAAUUCUGGUGCGCAUGUCGAUUCCGGCCGCCGCCGCCGCCGGGCUCGUUCAGCUGGUCAUCAACUCGUUCCUACGCUGAUGUGUGUGCACAGCUGCGGUGGGUUUCCGGGGAACAACGAGAGGCUGACUCUUGGAGGGGUUCAACGAUCCAUACAAGGUCACGAAUUGGUUAUGAAAACAAAAACAGAAAGAGAUUAUUGGAGUGUUUCAGUGGCGGAGGUCGAGGUGGCGCUGGCGAAGGUAGAGGCGGCAGCGGCGAAUGUCGAGUUAUCGGGGUUGGCUGCCCGCGAUGUGCGUCCCUGGCGGCGGGGUUGCGGCGGUGCUCUGGCCGGCGGCGGAGCACGACUCGAUUAUGCAGCGUCUGUGAGCAGUGGUCGGAUGCAAUUUCUGAUCGAGCUGUGCCCCGUCGCUAUAUCUCGAUCUGCUGCCGGCGAACAGCGACCGCCGGCGAGAAGCCACAUCAGAGAGUCCAAACGAUUGUCCGUCGGCAGCCGAACCACCACUCGCCGCCGACUACCUCGUUCGCCCAAUCAGUUGCCCACAGAUACCCAAUACACACACAAAUCGCGCCCCCUUGUCUGCAACCACCUCGUUUGUCGCCGACCUUCCCACCGGUGCUCCGCCCAGAGCCACCCAGCAUCACCCACAACCACCGCCCACACCCUGUACUCACCGAGGACGCCUUCACGCCUCCGCGCAGGUCUGCCACCGCGCAAGUCGCAGCACGCUGGACUUCAAUCAUUCCCCGCCACCCAGACCCGACGGCCAAAUUCUCUGGGGAUUGCGGCAGCGACGAUGAUGGAGAGGGUAUCUAUGUGGCAGAGGGAGGCUGUGGCAAGGCCUUCGGUUGAUUCAAUUUUGAUUUGGGGGCUGAGAAAAGUCAAUUGGGGGAGGACUUUGCCGAGACUAGUUGCCCACAACCUACUCGUCGGCUUCCUCGCCGGAGUUUCAUAUGUCGCGGCUACUGAUGCACGACGGCGGGCUGGUGAAGGUAGGCAGAGGAAGUCUGAGAUGGCAAAAUUGACAGAGUCAAGUCUGAUGCACGGCAACGGCUUGGGAAUAUAUGAAAAGAAGAUCAUCACUGAGAAUCCUGAUGAGGAAGGAUCAACCCAUGACAAUCCUCUUCCUGUCGAAAACGAAGCGUUUAAAGAAUCGAAAACCGAAAAAGGGAGCCGAAGCCCAUCCAAGCCCGAAACCGUUUUUUCUCCAACUGUUUCGAAGACCAAAAACAGUAAACAGGCCAAGAAUCAAUCUUCCUCGAAAGUAUCGGUUGUUUUUGGCCGGAGCACGAAAAAACCGAGCCUGGCUCAGAGCCUAUCAUUUCCAAGCCUGGGCAGCCGCCACUCAGAUGUGAUGAAAAGAAGCAUCGAGGUUUACCCUUCAAAAUCGGACAUCAGGCAAUCUCAGAAAAACAGUUCGAAAAUCGCGUCACGAGAGAGUUCGAGCCCGAGAAUAGGUUCGGUUGUCCGUGGCCCAUUUCCUGGGGUCAGUUCAUCUACAGGAAAGGCAAAUGGCAGGCGUGCAACUAUAUCUUCUAUGCCGAGCCUUAAACAAUCCUCGUCGGGAAAACGUGAAUCUGGUAAUGGAAUCGGCACCGGCCCUGAAACUGAUUUGUAUGGAAUCGACCCAGAAGUGGUGGCGAAAGAUUCUGAGCCGAGCAACAGCUUGUUAUCUGUUAAGGAUGAGGAUGCCCGAUCGACUACUUCCUCGACACAACAGAGGGUUAAUGUUUCGACAUUCUCCUUCAGGCUGGAGGAACGUGCUGAAAAGCGAAAAGAGUUCUUUUCGAAGAUAGAACAGAAGGUACACGCCAAGGAAGUCGAGAAGAAUAACAUACAAGCAAAAUCGAAGGAAAAUCAAGAGGAGGAGAUAAAGCAACUUAGGAAGAGCUUGACAUUCAAAGCUACACCCUUGCCAAGCUUCUACAAAGAACCACCUCCAAAAGUUGAGCUAAAGAAGAUACCAACCACACGGCCGAUUUCUCCCAAGCUCGGGAGGAACAAAAGCAAUCCCGUUGAUAACAUCGUGCCAUGUGUCAGCACACGAGUGAGUGAUGACAGUAACUGCAAAUCACCAAAGACUCCUCGCGCAAAUUCUGCUGCCUUAAAGAAACCUGUCAAGAGCUCCUUAUCCAAAUCCCAUGCUGGAUCGAAAACCGGGGCCCAAGAGAAGCAAACUCCCGUGCACGGAAAAUUUGAAGACCGGCCCAUUUGCCAACCUGAGUUUGUGGAGAAGAAAAUCGAAAAUGGGGUCGAAGAAAGUUCGUCUUUUUGUGAUGGGUCGAAUCUUGCUUCAAAUGCGAUGGCUGCCGGAGUUUCUGUUGAAGGUUGAAUUAUGAUCAUCACUUGCUUGAUUCUAAAGAAAAAAAAAAAUUAUUGUUUCUCUCUCUGUUUGUGUUUCUAUGUAUAGUGUUGUUGUAUUUCUGGGUUUAUACAUAUAUGUUGUCUGAAUUGUUUGAAGGAUGAUCGAGGGUUAAGUACAGUACCUUUUGCUUAUAUUGGUUCUUAUGAUUUUCGUUGUUUUCUGGAGAUUAUAUUGGAAUCCAAAAAUUGAUUUAAUGGGGAGGAAAAG